GUCUUCUUCUCGCCGCGCGGUGUUGGGUGGUGCUUGUGGCUGCGUGGCUGAGCGAUGCCCGGCGGCAGGGCCGUAAUCAACGGGCGCUCGGCCUUGCGGCACCAUAGGGUUGAAGCAUCACCUUCUCCCAGCACGGUGCUCGCUUGUUGAACAGCGUGGGGGACGCAGCCGGCGGCCCGGCUCGCGGUGAGAGGUCAGCUGCGCCCCCUCAGAGUUUAAAGUCCCGGCCCUGAGCGGAGCCCGCGGGAGGUCCGCACUUCUCCGCCCCGCGUUGGGAGAGGCGAAGCUCCGCCCGCUGCCGCCCGGAAGGCGCCGGGAGCGCCCGGAAGCGGGAGGCGGCGCCGCGGCUGCCACGUUGGAGCGGGCCGGGAGCGGGUGAACGCCGGGCCGGGGCUGGAGUCAAAAUGAAACUGAAAGAGAUUGAUCUCACUGCCAUGCAGGCAUGGAGUCCUGCCCAGCAGCACCCCAUUUACCUGGCCACUGGCACAUCAGCCCAGCAGUUGGAUGCGAGUUUCAGCACAAAUGCUUCCCUGGAAAUAUUUGAGUUGGACUUGUCAGAUCCUUCACUGGACAUGAAGUCGUGUGCUGUUAUUUCCUCCUCUCACAGGUACCACAAGCUGAUCUGGGGGCCGCACAGCAUGACUGCAGGUGAGAGCGUCUCCGGAGUCCUGAUUGCCGGGGGUGAGAAUGGGAAUGUCAUUCUGUAUGACCCAGCCAAAAUCUUAGUUGGAAACAGUGAAGCAAUAAUUGCUCAGAAAGACAAGCACACGGGACCAGUGAGAGCACUUGAUGUCAACAUGUUUCAGACUAAUCUGGUGGCCUCUGGUGCUAAUGAGUCUGAAAUCUAUAUCUGGGACUUGAAUAAUUUUGCCACACCGAUGACUCCAGGAGCAAAGACUCAGCCUCUUGAGGACAUCAGCUGCAUUGCAUGGAACAGACAAGUCCAGCACAUCCUGGCCUCUGCCAGCCCCAGCGGACGAGCUACUGUGUGGGAUCUUAGGAAGAAUGAACCCAUCAUCAAAGUCAGUGACCACAACAACAGGAUGCACUGUUCGGGCCUGGCCUGGCACCCUGAUGUUGCUACCCAGAUGGUUUUGGCUUCGGAGGACGACAGGUUACCUGUGAUUCAGAUGUGGGACCUUAGAUUUACCUCCUCACCACUGCGUGUUUUGGAAAGCCAUACGAGGGGUAUAUUGGCCAUUGCUUGGAGUAUGGCAGAUUCAGAGCUGCUACUUAGCUGUGGGAAGGAUGCCAAAAUACUGUGUUCAAACCCUAACACAGGCGAGGUGCUGUAUGAGUUGCCCACAAACAUGCAGUGGUGCUUUGAUAUCCAGUGGUGUCCCAGAAACCCUGCCAUCUUCUCUGCAGCUUCGUUCGAUGGACGGAUCAGCACUUACUCUAUCAUGGGAGGCAGCACAGAUGGUUUGAGGCAGAAACACGUUGACCAGCUUUCAUCCUCAUUUGGGAACCUUGAUCCAUUUGGUACAGGACAGCCUCUCCCACCCCUGCAGCUUCCCCAGCAGACUGCACCACAGAGUGUUGUUCUACCCCUAAAGAAACCCCCCAGGUGGAUCCGGCGACCUGUGGGAGCGUCGUUCUCAUUUGGAGGCAAGCUGGUUACAUUUGAAAAUGCCAAGCCUCAACAGCAGCCAGGCGUCGACCAACAGCCACAGCAUCACUAUGUCUAUGUGAGUCAGGUUGUUACAGAGAAGGAGUUCCUGGCACGAUCAACCCAGCUGCAGGAGGCUGUGCAGUCCGAAGGCUUUGUCAGCUACUGCCAAAAGAAAAUUGACAUGGCCCAGGCUGACUUUGAGAGAAACGUGUGGGCCUUCUUAAAGGUGAACUUUGAAGAAGAUUCACGUGCUAAAUAUCUUGAGCUGUUGGGAUACAGGAAAGAUGAUCUGAAGAAUAAGAUUACAUCAGCUCUGAAUCUGAAUAAAGAGUGUUGUGCAGAUGGUGAAUUGGGAGAGGCUCCCACAGAAUCUGAUGUGCCUUUACUGAACAAAGGGGAUGAAGGCCAGACUGCAGAGGAACAGUUCUUGGGAGAGAUGGCCAAGGACAAUAAACAAGAAACUGAAGACUUGGGAUCUGCAAGAAAGACUUUUAAUAUCUCUGUCAGUGGAGAUGUGGAUGGUUUGAUUACCCAAGCUUUGCUGACUGGUAACUUCGAGAGUGCAGUAGAUCUCUGCUUGCACGAUAAUCGCAUGGCUGACGCCAUUAUCUUGGCCAUCGCAGGUGGACAAGAGCUGCUUUCUAGGACACAGGAAAAGUACUUUUCUAAGAUACAGAGCAAAAUUACCAGGCUCAUCACUGCAGUGGUAACAAAGAACUGGAAGGAAAUUGUGCAGUCUUGUGAUCUGCAGAAUUGGAGAGAGGCUUUGGCUGCUGUGCUCACUUAUGCCAGGCCAGAUGAGUUUGCAGCCCUCUGUGAUCUUCUGGGUAACAGACUAGAGAGCGAGGGGGACAGCCUGCUGCGAACACAGGCUUGUCUCUGCUACAUUUGUGCCGGCAAUGUGGAAAAGCUUGUUGCCUGUUGGAGCAAAGUUCAGGAUGGAAACAGCCCCUUGUCUCUUCAGGAUUUAAUAGAGAAGGUGGUGAUCCUACGCAAGGCCGUGCAGCUCACCCAGGCUGUGGACCCUAAUGCUGUGGGGGCACUUCUGGCUGAGAAGAUGAGCCAGUAUGCCAAUCUUCUGGCUGCUCAGGGCAGUAUUGCUGCAGCUCUGACCUUCCUGCCUGCAAACACCGAUCAGCCAAACAUUGUGCUAUUACGGGACAGGCUUUGCAGAGCCCAAGGGGAGUUGCCAGCAGGACAGGAAGCCAUCAGGGCACCAUAUGAGAGACAGCCCAUACCCAAAGAUCGAGCUGGCCCUGUGGUGGGACAGGUGCCAGGGCCUCAGACUUCAGCACAGCAGUACUACCAACAGGGAGACAAGCCGCCUCCUCCAGGCUUUAUCAUGCCAGGUGCUGUUAACCCCAGCGCACCACCACAGCAAGCCACAUCUCCAAGCUACAGCAUGUACUCGCAAGCAGGCACCCGGCCAGCGUACCCACAGACGUAUCAGAGCACACAGCAGUACUCUUUUGGAACGGGGGAAACGGCUCUCUAUCAGCCCCAGCAGCCUAUUGCUGCCCCUGCUUCAGCCUCUUACCCAAGCCCUGCCUCUAACACCAACCCUCCCUACCUACCCACUGCCCACCCUGUGCCCUCCUCACUGUAUCCUGGGCAGCCUCAGCCCUCCCCGACGAGCCUGAACCCUGCCUCUUCAUUCCCCCUUCCUCCUUCUGGUGCAUCCUUUCAGCAUGGCAGGCCAGGACUUCCAGCAACUUCUGUGGCUUAUGCGUUACCUACUGGACCAACAGGACCUCAGAAUGGCUGGAAUGACCCCCCUGCCCUGAACAGAACUGCCAAGAAGAAAAAGGUCCCCGAUAACUUCAUGCCCCCAGUUCCCAUCACCUCACCUAUCAUGAACCCGCUGGCGGAUCCACAGGCACAGACACAGCAGCCUCCAGCAGCUCCAGUGGGCACACCCAGCUUUCAGCCUCCGCAGCUCCCUGCGGGGCAGCAGGCACCACUGGGCCCCUAUGCACCCCAGGCUCUGGGGCCAGGUGUCGUGCCUCCCACUACCUUCAAACCCAGGACAGAGGGAGCUCCUGGGGCCCCCAUUGGCAAUGCCAUGCAGCAUGUUCAGGCAUUGCCAACAGAGAAGAUAACCAAGAAGCCCAUCCCUGAGGAGCACCUUAUUCUGAAGACAACAUUUGAAGCCCUUAUCCAGAGGUGCCUGCUGUCUGCUUCUGAUCCGCAAACCAAGAGGAAACUAGAUGAUGCAAAUAAACGCCUGGAAUUUCUAUACGACAAACUUAGGGAGCAGACACUCUCUCCAGCCAUCGUUAGCGGCUUGCACAGCAUUGUAAAGAGCAUCGAAACCCGCAACUACGUGGAAGGACUGAACAUCCACAUGCACAUAGUCAGCACCAGCAACUUCAGCGAGACCUCUGCUUUCAUGCCUGUUCUGAAAGUUGUCCUCAUCCAGGCCAAUAAGUUGGGUGUCUGAAGUAACCCCUUACUUGCAAAGCCUGUGAUGGUUGCUUUUCCAAAGAAGUGCAUUUCUACAGCAAACAUGCAAGAAGCGGACCAAACGCCAGUCCUUACGGCAUGUCGCAGUAGAGCUCUGACAAAUGGCAUUAUGCUCUCCCUGCAAAAUCCAUCAUUCUAGGCGGGCCUUGGAGCCCUGGUGCUUUUCUUUUUAUUUUUAACCAUUUUCUCAUCCCCAAUGGUUUGUCUACAGAUAGUGUAUUUAAUGGGGAUGGCACCCCAUAUUGUCAACUUUUAGAUGCAUGUUAUACUGUUAAACAGUGGCUUUUAAUAACAGAUACAUGUGAAACCAAGAAGAUAGGUUGUGUAUCAGACCCUGCGCCUCACUAUUCCUUAGACACCAGAUUAAAGAGUCUGAUCCUGUUAUAAGUGUAGUUGGUCUUUCAUUUUACGAGACUGCUUGCAAUUCUGUUGUUACAAUUUACAUGUCAUAUAGCUUAAUUUUGCACUGGGACAAAUGAGCAAAAUAAAGGCUAAUGUUGUAUUUUCAAUAAAUGUUAAUUUAUUAAAAUGUGUUGUGAUGAA